GUUUGACUUUGUGUUUCUGUCCUUAAAAUAUAACAUCUGCUCUUUUUGAUGCGUCCUAAAAGAUGGAGGAAGAAAUUCAAUACGUGAAUGUGACUUUUAAGAGUAAGCCCAUCUCUCCAAACGAAACCCAAGACAGCAUGGAAAUAAUCUACGACGAGGUGAAGACGGAGGAGAUGGCGCAGCAUGCCCACUUAAUAACAGAGAGCAGAAAGAAAGCUCCACUUUGUAUUCCACUGAGUUUACUAGCAGCAGGUUUGGGAAUUAGCUGCGUCGCCCUGGUGUUGGUCAUCGUCUUCCUCAGCACCUACUUCGCGUACGAGCACAGGAGACAGAACUCCACCUUAGUGGCGCAGAACCUGCAGCUGUGGGCGGAGAAGGCCUCGUUGCAGAGACGGAUGGAGGAGCUGACCAGAGAGAGGGGCCGACUCAACUGGACCCUCGGGGUCAUCCUGGAGUACGACAACUUCCCCGUGAAGGAACACUGCCCGCAGAAAGUGUGUAAACCUUGCCUGGAUAACUGGGUUCUGUUUCAGUCAAACUGUUACCUGUUUCGGAAACAAAAGUAUUCUUGGCGGUGGAAGACCUGGGAGGGGAGCCUCACAUCCUGCAGGGAAACCAAGGCAGAUCUGGUGGUGAUCGACAGCCGCAGAGAACAGGAAUUCAUCAACAACCACACAGAAGUAUAUAAUGAUGAAAAGCACGGUUACUGGAUUGGGUUGAGAAAGAAAAACGCAGAGCAGACGUGGAAGUGGGUUGAUGGAAGCAAUGUCACAGUGAUGUUCUGGACCUCCCAGAAACCAGACCCCUGGGAAUUGUGUGCCCUGAGUAAACCAGCUCAGCGUUCUCUGGCCAACUGGGUCAAAGUGAGCUGCUCCAUGAGAAACCGCUGGAUCUGUGAGACCAGAGCCCUGAUCAGACCCGACUGAGGAUCAAUCGCCGGAUCAAAACGUUUCUCUUCAUUUAGAAAACUUUUGUCAAUUAUUGAGUGAAUGAUCAUGUUUUGUUUUUUUUUAUCUAUUUUUCCUGAUAUAUUGCAGUUGUGUGUAUUAUGAAGUGUAAUUAUAU